GCUGCCUUUCAGUGCCACCUAUCAGUGCCAGUCAGUGCCACCUAUCAGUGCGCAUCAGUGCCGCCUAUCAGUGCCCGUAGUGCCACCUAUCAGUGCCGCCUAUCAGUGCCAGAUAUCAGUGCUGCCUAUCAGUGCCAGAUAUCAGUGCUGCCUAUCAGUGCCAGAUAUCAGUGUUGCCUAUCAGUGCCAGAUAUCAGUGUUGCCUAUCAGUGCAGAUAUCAAUAUCAGUGCUGCCUUUCAGUGCCCAUCAGUGAUGCCUCAUUAGCGCACAUCAGUGAAGGAGAAAAAUCACUUUAUUUACAAAAUUUUAUA